UGUGUGUGUUGUUACGGUGUGGGAGUGUAGUGAUUGGCACCUGUUUCACAUUCGGGAGGUAACGGGUUCGAUCUGCGACUCAUGCCAACUGUCUUGAUUCCUGCGUAUUAAUGGGGUUCCUUUGCUUCUUGUAGUGAACGUUGAGCGGCGUUUUGUUGUUGGAUAAUGAAACAACCGCCAGGUGGCCAGUGUCAUGAUCUCUUUGGGGCCGAGUUCAAGGGCUCGCCCUGCCAUCACAGGGUACUGAAGCCCCCUGGUGGUGCCAGCAGUGACAUAUUUGGGAGACCUGAUGAGGUAGACCAGUCGCCACGGAAAAUUCGCAGUAACCACCACCUGAAAUCAUCAGUGUUUGGGACCCACAGCACACCUGAGCCACCUGCCACAUCACGCAGCAAGCCCGGUAAUGAUACCCACAACCGCCUGUUUGGCCCACUAGAGAACCGGCCCCAGAGUGCGUCCUUAAAUCGAAUGAAAAGUAACAUUCCAGUUGGAGUGGUGGGAGCUGGAUCUGAACUGGGACAGUCCUCCAGCAGCACAUCGUCCAAAUCUGUGCCCAUCGAGAACGGACAACAGGAAAUGUUGUCUACACCUAAAGUCAGGCGCAACCCGGUCACUGGGGAGGGCAUCUCUUCAAGUGACAGCACCCACAGAAGAAGAACACAGAAACGAGAUGGUAACCCUGUGACUGGCGAAGGCUACAGUGCAGUUGCAAAUGGUGAGAAGGAAUCCUCAUCAACACAACCUGCAGCCACAACCACCAAUGGAACAGGCAGUGCUGAGAUCCGUCGUAACCGCGUGCCACCCGGUGGUUACUCCUCUGGCCUGUGGUGAACGGACCACCCGACACUGUUCCCUCUCCUCUUCCAGAUGACUGCUAGUUCCUGUUUUCUUCUCCCUUGCAGAUCAUUCCAUUUGUUGGGUGGAAGUUGGCCACAAAGAAGAAAGUCUAUCAAGAGAGAUGAUAUUUCUAAUUCAGUUAGUAGUGGUGAAUUGAUAACUAACAAGAAUGGUAAUAUUUUAGUUGUACUAAUGUCUUCUUUAAUUUAAAUGCAUUAGUUGAAGCUUUUGUAGUUUGGGGGAAGCAGAAACUUGAAGUACUUGAUCAUGCCUUUGUCCUGCACAGGACACAGUGUACGUCCCUCAUUUUAAUAUAAAUGAUGUUAUUGGCUUCUGUAUAUACUGUUGAUUUGUGUUGACACGCUCUCUUCUUGCGCAGAUGCUUCACAUUCUAAAGACUGUUGAUUGAUUUCUCCCAAGAACAACUUAGCCAUUGAAAAUAACUUGCUUAUAAUACUACUUGUAUACAAUAAACAGUUUUUAUGAGUGA